AUGUCUCUGUUUGAUUCUUUACAAACAAUGUUUGAGAAUCCAAAUAUUCCUUGGAAAUCUAUCAUUAUAGCGUUUUCUGUUGGUCAAUUUGCAUUUGAAUCUUAUUUAACUUUACGUCAAUAUAAUGUUUUAUCAAGUAAGAAAUUGCCCCCUGUGUUACAAAAUGAAGUUGAUAAUGAGACUUUUGAAAAAAGUGAAAAAUAUGCAAAGGCAAAGGCUAAGUUUUCUAUCUUCACAGAUAUCUUUGCUUUAACUCAGAAAUUAAUUUUCAUCAAUUAUGAUUUAUUUCCUCGUCUGUGGAAUUUUGGUGUCCAAUUGACCCAUUACUUACCUGAAAGAUUCGUUGCUGUUUCAGCUAUCCCACAAAGUUUGGUAUUCUUAUGUGUUUUAUCAAGUUUAUCAACUAUUGUCGAUAUGCCACUUUCCUAUUAUCAACAUUUCGUUUUAGAAGAAAAAUUCGGUUUUAACAAACAAACUGUCAAAUUAUGGUUAACUGAUAUAAUUAAGGGUAAUUUAUUAGGUGUUGCCCUUGGUGGCCCAAUUCUUUAUCUAUUUUUAAAAAUUUUUGAUAAAUUCGAAACCAAUUUCUUAUGGUACAUUUGUUUAUUCAUGUUUGGUAUCCAAAUUUUAGCAAUGACCGUAAUCCCAACUUAUAUCAUGCCAUUGUUCAAUAAAUUCACCCCAUUAGAAGACGGUGAAUUGAAAACUUCUAUUGAAAAUUUGGCUAAGAAAGUUGACUUCCCACUUAACGAGAUCUAUGUUGUCGAUGGUUCUAAAAGAUCUUCUCAUUCAAAUGCUUACUUCACAGGUUUACCAUUUACUAGUAAAAGAAUUGUCUUAUAUGACACUUUAGUCAAUGUCAGUUCUGUCGAAGAAAUUACUGCAGUGUUAGCCCAUGAAAUUGGUCAUUGGAAAAAAAAUCAUAUCAUUGAAAUGUUAGUCUUUAGUCAAGUUCAUAUCUUUGCCAUUUUCACAUUAUUCACUGGUGUUUACCGUAAUGUCUCAUUUUACAAGGAUUUCGGUUUCUCAGUCGGUAACGUUGAUUCAUCAUUAUUGUCAAGUACCUCAAAAGUAUUCACCAGCCAAUUCCCAAUUAUCAUUGGUUUUAUGUUGUUUAAUGAUUUAUUAACCCCAAUGGAAUGUGGUAUGCAAUUCGUUAUUAAUCUAUUAUCUAGACAUAAUGAGUACGAAGCUGAUCAAUACGCAAAGAAUUUGGGUCAUUCAGAAAAAUUAUGCAGUUCAUUGAUUUCUUUAGAAAUGAAAAACUUAGCUACAAUGAAUGUAGAUCCAUUGUAUUCAAAGUACCAUUAUUCUCAUCCACAUCUAGCGGAAAGAUUAACUGCAUUGGGAUAUGUCAGCGAAAAGAAGAAGGAAUAA